AUGGACCAAAAAAGCUCAGAGAGCACAGAAAGUACAAGAAAAAGCUCAAGAUCAAAUAGUGGACAAGCGGCUGUGUGGAGUGAGGCAAAUAAUGAGAAAUAUUUACAAAAGAAAGGAAAAACAUGCAAAAUAUGCGGAUUGCAUUUCGGACCCUUUGUGCUAGUGCAGAAAUUUGAGUGUGAGUAUUGCAAGGAAACAGUCUGUGCAAAGUGCUCGAAUUCUCAGCCGUCAAGUUCGGGACCUCAGCAUACAGUAAGGGUCUGCAACAAUUGCUAUACUGAAUCUAUUAAAAUUGAUGUUGCAAGCAAGCACCAUAUAGAAGCCCAGGAAUUUCAAAAAAUCUUAAAUGAAAUCAAAGAGAGCUAUGAUAGGGCCAAAAAAGAAACACAAGAAGAAAUCGAAUUGAAAAGACAAGCUAAACAUAAAUUAGAAAACAUCGAUAGUAUCAUGGAGGAUGAGGAAAAACAGCUCGUCAGGGAUAUUGAAAUAUACAAAGAUGAAAACUUUAAAUUAGAAGCAGAAUUAAAAGAAAAAAGCUUAAAAAUUAAUGACAUAGAAAAUGCUGCUAAAGAUAAAGAAAAACGAAUUUUAGAAAUAAAAAUUGAAAUCAAAGAAAUUGAAGAGGCUAAAUCAAAAGACUCAGGAAAAGCUGAACAGCUAAAAAUUGCGAUCAGAGAACAAGUUUUAGAAAAUAAAAAAUUAGAAGAAGAUGCUAUCAUUGCUGAAGUUGCCUAUAAAAAUUUACAAGAAGCUAUAAUCAAUGCAAAAGCAAUUGAUGAAAACAAAUACAAUCAAAGAAUGUCUAAAAUAAGAACCCAAAUCGAAAAUAUAAAAAGGCAAAAUACAAAACUUGGUAAAAAAAUUGAUGAUAUGAAAGAAGAAAGGGUGCUCAGAGACUCAACGAUUUCAGUGCUAUCACAGUCUUUUAUCGCAACAAAAGAUGAUGAUUUUGGUAAAAGCUUUAUGAAUACAGAGCUUGGAAUCAAAUAUAAGCCUUUAAAAGAACAAUAUCGAAGCCAAAUAGAAGAAAUAUGCCAGCUCAGAUCUCAGUUAAGUGGGGUUAGAAGCUUGGACAGGACAGAGUUUAGUGCUGGCGAUUAUACUGAAAAGAAUGAUCCAAUGACCCGAAAUCCUUGUAAAUGCCUUAUCCAAUAA